CCCAGUACUACGACGAUGACUAUGCCCUGGUUGGCUUCCGCGUCCUCCCACUUCCUCAAAUCGCCCGCUCUCCCUGGCGGCAGAGCUAACGAAGAUGCUGGUUCAUCUCGUACUGUUGCCGAUACCACAUCCGGAAUCCAGCACGUUCGAUCUGCAAUCGAGUCCCGCUUCAAUCAGCCCAAGCCAACGAGUAGCCCAAAGAACCCUUUCCUGGAUCCUCGAGAGCAGCGAACUGUUACUUUUGAGCAGCCCCCAGCCCCAAGGCAGGAUAGAACACACCGACCGCAGCCCAUACCCCCACCGCAGCACCCAGAUCGCCACCGCUAUGCACCCAGGACUGCAGAUCCUCGUAUGGCUCAGUACGAGUUCAGACUCCCAGAUCCCCGGUCGCACCACCGAAGUUCGAGGCGAGAGAAGCGAUACGGCGCCCAUUAUGGACAUGCACCGCCGCCAUACUAUGAGCCCCCAAGGUCGCCCAGGUCGGCUGUUCCACCGGGGUACUUCCUGCCUCAAGCACGAACACCCACUGGCAGGCCAUCUCCCUCUCAAUGGCCAAGCGAGAAGACCCCCACAAGCGCAUAUCAUCCCAGAGGCCCUUCUCGUCAUAGCCCCCGUACCCCAGGCUCGCCCAAGUAUCGACAAGCACCUGUUCCCCAUACCGCUCACCCAGGAGGCAGCUUUCCCCGCUUUGGCUCUCCCCGCGACUCACCACGAGAGAAAGGGCGGUCCCCUGCUGCACCGGACAGCGCUCCUGGAAAGGGUAGCGCCAACGGCAGCGCGAAACGCACUUAUGGUUUCUUUGACUCCUUCAAUAAAGUCAAGACCUCCGUUCUCUCUCCCAGGUCAGCGGCAAGGACGGAGUUUGACCAAGAUGCGUACCCGUCGCCAGCGUAUUCGCCGAUUCCUCCUCCUUCAGAGAAGCCCUUAUCCGCAAAGGUCGACACUAGACAGCACGGCUUCUAUGAGUAUCGGACCCCUUCCCACCAAACUCAUUUCGAUCGUGGAGAAGUCUCUGAGGGGUACGACAGUCCCGAAACACCGCAGCGUUCGGCUCGGGACAUUACAAUCGAUGUCCCAGGUGACGAGAAGGUCGACGAUGACAAACAGGUGGAAGAACAGCCCCCAAAGACUCUGACGGAAAGGAUCCAAGAGCUGAUAGACCGCAUCAAACUUUGGUUCGCCACCCAGCUGCAACGUCGGAGGUCUCGCAUCCCCUCUGUGCAACCCGACCUCGAGUCCCAGUCAUUGGAGGCCAUCGAAAAGGAGCUCUUUGAGGCAUUUGUCCUUUCGUGGACCACGGUUGCCGGAGCCUGGCUCAUUCAGUUCACUACCUUUGGUUAUAUCUGGUCCUGGGGAGUAUUCCAAGAUUUCUACCUGAACAACUAUUCAGAAGCCCAUACAUCCGCCAACCGAGUCUCAUGGAUUGGAAGUCUCCAACUCAUGCUUACUUUCGCGCUCGGACUUGUGUCUGGCAAGCUCUUUGACGCUGGUUGGAUUCACUCCACACUGAUGAUUGGAUCACUGAUUUUUGGGAUGGGCGUCUUCACAUUGUCACUGGUCGACCCCACCAAGUACAUCCAGCUAUUCUUGGUGCAAGGUCUCUUCAUGGGAAUCGGCCUGGGUCUCGUAUUCUUGCCUAGCGCCCUGAUCGUUCAACUCCACUUCCCCGAGCGCAAAGGCCUGAUGACUGGCAUUGUUAUGAGCGGCUCCUCCUUCGGUGCCAUGAUCUAUCCCAUAAUGUUAGACAAGCUUCUUCCGCCGAAGGGCUUCAAUGGUGCUGUUCGGGCAACUGGUUAUAUGGUCGUCGUCUUCCUGGUACUUGCGAACUGCUUGAUUGCGACCCCUCCAAAGAAGUGGACGCCGAGGUUCCCACCUAUUGACCUUUUAGGAUACAUCAAGGAGAUACCAUAUGCAGCUGCCUGUGGAGGUAUAUUCCUCGUUUUCCUCACAAUGUGGUUCCCUCAGUACUACAUCGAAGAGUUCGCUGUGCGGCAUGACUUGAACCCACAUCUGGCGUUCUACUCUCUGGCACUCAUCGCGUUGGGAGGGAUGGCCGGACGGGUCGUCAUGGGCUUCGUAGCAGACAAGUUUGGUCCUUGGAACAUGUUGCUAUCGAUGACGUUUGUGGUCAUGUUGACGACCUGCCUUGUUCUUGUCCUGAAAAACGUUGCCGCUGUGGUCUUUAUCUCGAUCAUCUAUGGUUUUGGCUCUGGUGCUUGGUUAUCGCUACUCAUCUCGGCCCUGUCUUCUCUUGCUAUUCGUCCGACAGAAUUGGGGCAUCGCACUGGAUUUGCCCUUACUGUCGGCAGCUUGGGAUGCUUCUUGACUGGUUCGGCGCAAGCGGCUUUGUUGUCAAACAAGUGGGUGUGGGCGCGCCCUGUUGGGUUCUUCGCGUUCCUACUUAUUGUCUCUAUGGGUGUAUUUGGCUACGUGCGAUACCUCAUCUCCGUCAAACGGCGGUUCCUGUAUGUCUAG